GUUAUUGCCACAAAUCAAGAGGGCAAAGUGAACGGCAUGGGACUCGCACCGGCUUUAACGAACUCGGGUCCGAUUCGUGCGUCCGCGACGUUCACGGCCGAGAGCUGCACGUGCAGAUGAUACACGGGCAGGGCCAAUGGGGGACAAGGUUUUGUAGGUAAACCUCGAGCGUGAAGAGGUUCGGUUGCUUUUGCAGACCCACAGCCAAACUUAGCACCAAUAACAACAAUGACAAGCCUGUCGAGGUUUAGUGGCUGCCCUCUUUCUUGCGUCAACCCUGGGGAGAGCAAUACUGAACCCAGUGUGGUGCUGCCACCUUUGGCAGGGGAGCACAUGGGGCACCCCACUGGCACUUCCUUAAAACUCUGCCCCUCGCACAGUCUGCGAGACUACCCCGAGACGAGGGCCACUGCGUAUGUUGACCACUCGAUCCCCCACUUUCCAGACACUGGAUACACCAGCCACCGCUUAGAAGCCAGUCCUAGGGGCAUUAUCAUUGGGACAGGUCUGUCAGGAGCAGGCAUGCCACCCGUGGCCGAUCAACUGGCGCCGAGACCCAACCAACAUGGCGCUAUUGGAAGGCACCGUGACCUCCACGGCUAUAGAGAUGGCAGAAGCCACGCGUUCUUCGCCACCUACCAAGAGCAGGCCCACGGCUCCGCGGACGCCGCGCGAGACCUCAGCAGCCAGGUCAUGCUGGGUCUUCCAGGAGAGAUCCUCUCGCGCGCGCACCCGUACGGGCAGGCGCACGGCGGCCCUCGGGCCAACGGCCAGCAGCUGGUCACCCAGUUCUUGGGGCUCUACAAGCCGCUGAACAUGGCCGUGCAGCGGGGAGGGGGCGACGCGUUCCUCAGGUGCUCCAGGCAGAACCUCGCACACGAGCUGGUGUGCAAGUGGCGGGACGGCCAAGAAGGCGCUGGCAAGCCGCCAUGUGCCAGGACCUUCGGGACCAUGUACGAACUUGUCACACAUGUGACGAUCGAGCAUGUCGGGGGACCCGAGCACUCCGACUACGUGUGCCACUGGGAGAACUGUCCCAGAGACAGGAAGCCCUUCAAAGCCAAAUACAAGCUGGUCAACCACGUCAGAGUGCACACGGGGGAAAAGCCCUUCCCCUGCCCUUUCCACGGAUGUGAGAAAGUUUUCGCCAGAUCCGAAAACCUCAAGAUUCACAAGAGAACACACACAGGUGAGAAACCGUUUAAAUGCGAGUUUGAGGGCUGCACUCGGAGGUUCGCGAACAGCAGUGACCGGAAGAAGCACUCGCACGUGCACUCCAGCGAUAAGCCCUACACGUGCAAGGUCAGAGGCUGCGAGAAAUGUUACACGCACCCCAGCUCCCUGAGAAAGCACAUGAAACUCCAUUGCAAGGCCUACGUUGGCAAAAUGGGCGAGGACGGGGAGCACCUUGGCCGGGCCGGCUCUCCCGAGGUGACUGAACAGCAGGACGCGUCCUCCUUGCCGCCCGUCCCCUCUCAAGAGCCCCCGUCCCCCGAGGCCCUGAGCGAGCCGGCCCUGAGGCCUCGCUUCCAUCACACGUUUGACAACAGCUUGGACUACACGGCGCACAGGCCGCAGUCCCUUCUGGACCCUUUGCUGAUACACCGGGGCAAUUACAGACCCGAAACUGGCCAGUACCCGUGUAGCCAAGCGAGCCCCACUCUCGCCCCUAGCCACAGGACCUUCUCACCCCACUCACCUUUCCAAAAGAGUCUCGUGAACGGUUGGUACACGUGCCAUGGUGGCGUGGAGACUUUCUCGUCCAAGCAGUGUAAUAAUGAUGUAUGAUGUGCGCUCGGGAAAUUGAAGGGGUGGGUUUUGGGGUCAUUUAAACUCGGAUUCAACAUAUAAGGCAGCAUGACAGUAUGGAGAGACCUUUGGUGUCAAAUUGUCCUAUAUGUCAGCUGUCUGUAUAGCAUAGUGCAAUUUGUUUGCUGUGAGCUUUAUCUGUUGUACAUGACAGUUAUUGGUGUAUUGGUGGGCUUGAAUUGUGUUAGUGAUGUUCUUUAACUGAAGGUAGAGUACUUACUCCACCCUUCACUGGACUUGAAGUAUUGUUAGAUAUUAGUCUAUACACGCUCUUUCUCUUCCUAUUCAUAAUAUAUAGUCUAAAUAUUUUAUGAGACGAAGGAUAUAUAAUAUGGUCGUAAGUUUACGUUUUUUGUCUGUAUAAGAGGUUUUUAACCACAACGUGGAGGUCACGAGGCCUUUUAAGGAGAGGCAGAUAUCUUAUGUGUUACAAUGAGAAACUAAAGGGAAUUAUAAUUUAGACUCACUCAACUUCUAUCUCUAAAAAGAACUUUUUUUUUUUUAGUGGGAGGCUCGUGCAUUAAAGCUUGACCCCACUUACAGUGCCGAGGCCUUCAGUUUAUUUCACAUGGGUCCAACUUAAAAAGAAAAAUGUAAAAAGCUUUUUUGUUAUUAACCCCCAAGUGGAUGAGACUAGGCCUUCUGCAUUGGAGAACCAUUUUUUAGGCCAUGUUCAUAGAGACCACUGCACCACAAAGCCCUCGCUCUCCGUUUGUAUGUGUCGACACUAUUUCCUACUUUUGUGAAAUAAAAAUUUAUAUAUAUAUUUUUUUCUUUUCGGUGAAUAACAUUUACAAUCCCACUCUCAGUCUCUCAUAAGAAUUAAAAUGUUUAAUUAAAUUCCACUGUAUAUAUACUGUACCAUUAAUUAUGCAUUCAAGAUUUCAUUAAAGUGUCUCUAUUCUCUUUGA